UCAGUUAUAGAUUUGUUGCCAUGCGGUCGCUUGUGCUUCUAGAGAAGCUGCUCUGCUUGUCUUCUGUGAGCGGACAAGAGGACAACACACUUUCCACCACCGAGAACCCAUUCAAUCCGUACAAGAACAUCCCCACUAUAGCUCCAGGCAUGGGUUUCGAUGGCAAGCCCGUGGCUCCAAUAUUGUGGGACAAGAACCCAUUUUCCAACUUGAACUCGAGCAGUUUUUCGUCCUUUGGCAAGCAGAUCAAGAAUGCGUUUCAUUGUCCUUUCGCCACUUGUACUGAAGAUGUGAUCCUAGACGACGAUAACAACGACUGGUGGAGACCGUGGUUCAUCUUUGGGGUCGUUGUACUCUUCGUUGCAGGGCUUUUUGCUUGCACUCCUUUCACCACAUCCUGGAUUUGGGGCAGAUUUGAUGAAAGCGACGAAGAAGAUGAAGAAGAGGGUUUGGAAGAAGGGCAUGGAAGGGAAAUGGAUUGCGCGCCCCUUCCAACAUCUUCAACAAAAGGCUUGGCUUAGCCCACCACGCAGCUGCACAGUCGGCCAAUGUCAGGACCUUAGCAUUUUUGGAAUUCUGCGCGCUAGCCAGGGCUUCGCGUGGCCAUUGCAGUAGGCAGUUGGCGUUUGAAAGCCAUGCGUUUUAAGCUUCAUGUGUUUAUAGGAUCUUUUGACUGAUGUUCUAUUGAUGGGUAAAAGUCCGGAAUUGCUGAAUUACAUGUUUCCUCUUCAACAUCCAUAUUUUCAUUUUUUGGGGGGAAGUUCCCUCCGCUUGUCUUUUUCCAUAUGCAUUUGCCCCUACGUUUUUCAGAGUUUGGCGGCCUGAUAUAUGCAAAUGAAGAAGAUAGAGGAAGCGAGGUCUUCUUCGUGUGGGUUCACUUAAUUUCAUUCGUAGAUGUUGCUUGGCUAGAAUCGAGUUGGAGGCCGCCUUCAAGGUACUGAACUGGCAUUGCUAAUGCGCCACAAGCUACAGGCGCUUCAACCGGACGGGCCCACUCCUUUGAAGCCUUCUAAGGAUUGCCGUCUGGCCAACGUUUGGAUUACGUUUGGCUGAAAUGAAUCUAGUUGCAAGAGUUUGAAACGCGCAGGCCUGUGAAGAGAAGUGCUUGUCUGCGAGCGCGUUUUUAUUCUACAUCCUAUGACCUGGAUGUCCGUUAAAGAUUAUCUUCAAACUUGGGAAACCAACACUUGCUUUAAAAUGGUCGAAGAUCACCUUUGACUCCAAAAUGGCCAUUUCGAAAAAGAUCGCCCAUUUCGAAAAAGAUCGGCCAUUCCAAAUCGAAUGCCCCAAAUUCAAAAUCUCGCUGCUGUCAAGACCGCGCUUCAUAUGGAUUUCGAGGAAACGAUUUCGAAAA